UUUUGCGAGAAAUAUCUCAAUUUUAAUACUUUAACACUGUUACAGUUUAUUCUAAUAAUUACAUGCGGAGAAGUAUUCUCGAAUAAUGAAGAACACCCUGGAUUCGAUGGGUCAUUGGGUACCGCGAGCAUUUUCGAGGAUGUGAAAUCGGGUAAAAUAUCUCUUUCAUCCAAACCCGUCGCUGCUGCAAUGGUAGAAGUUGAUAAAAAUCGAUACUCUCAGUUCUUUGAUACUAUAGUCAGUAGUUCUAUCGAUUCUAUUCAAAGAGAAGUGGCUCCCAAAGUUAAUAUAUUCGCCGCAGAAAAUUUUGGUUUCAAUCCCAUUGCAAGUCAGGGUUUUACUCAUCAGUCUCUUCGCCGUGAAGAAUCAGACCUGACAUCACAACCUCUUGAUUUAUUGCGUGAUGCACGCCCACUUAAAUAUAAUAUCCGGACGGUUCAUGAUCCCAAUUAUCGCGUCUUUAAACCCGAAGAACAAGAAGACGGGACAGAAAUUUUAUCAGCUUUAAAAAAAAAUCCCGCUGUGUCAGCCUAUUUCCAACCUCUUGUUAAUGCUCAAGUUACACAUCCUUUGCAUUAUCGAAGAGAGGAAUCUGUUGAAAGUCUUGAAAGUGACUCAAACUACAAGCCAAAUCCUUAUAUUGCAGGACCUGUGCGUAUCCGACGUUAUACCAGAGGGCGAAGCAAGGAAAAUGAGAAAAAGAGAAACGACGACGAUGAUGCUUCCUAUGACAAUAGUUCGGAGUAUGAAGCUAUGCCAAAAGCUUUCAAGGGAAGUCGAUAUAUCGCCUAUAAGGAAGAUAAAGACUCUAAAGAUAAAUAUGAUUAUCCUUAUAAUUACGAUAGUGGUUAUGACCAUAAAGAAUAUGACAGAAUCAAAGAAUUAUCGGAAAAACAAGCUGCAGAAAUUAGAGAAAAUCCUGGUAACUGCAAGGAAGUUAAGCGAGAUGGGAUGACCUGUAAUGUAUGCAAGGACCCCAAAACGGGUGGUAAUUAUGAAUCCUGUUCAUACCAGGCUGAACCGAAAAAUAAUAAAUAUGCUUAUUCAAAGGAAAAAAAAUUUGAUAGCAACGAUGAACCCGAUGAUAAGUCUGGCGAAGAAAAUGAUAAGCCCGCAAAAAUAAAAAACUAUGAAGUCGCCCCGGAAGAUAAAACGGGCCCACAAAAAUUUUCUGAUCCCGAAGAAAAGCCUUCUAAUAACUAUAAACGUGGCGAAGAUGAUGAUAAAUAUAAAGCAUACUAUAUUCAUACAUCCAAUCCUAAGCCUAGUGAAGCGUUACGAGCAUCAAGCGAAGAAAAUAACGACGAUAGGACAAAAUCCAAAGGAUACGACUAUCAAAAGGCACUGCCAGGAUUUUAUUCGGACAAUGAACCAAAGAAAGAUGUGGAACACGUACUAGCAGAAUUUAAAAAGAAGGACAGAUCGGCAUGUAAUAAGGUUCAGAAAAACGGAAUGACAUGUUUUCAGUGCCUUGAUAAGGCUGGAUUAAAACAUGAAGAGUGUAUGUUUGUUUCCGAGUCGGCCCCCAAGCAAAGUCAUUUGGCAUAUCAGGAAGUUAAAGAAUUUACCUCUAAACCUGCUACGCUCGAAGAAGGUAACGAAGGUUCGGAAAGUCAAACUAUAACCACAAGUACGCCCCCAUUACAAACGUCAGCGAUAAGUAAACGAUUGAAUAAACAGAAACGUAAGAAGGCAACACACUCAUCUCUAGCUGCAUCUGCUAGUAAUCCUGUAGCUGCAACUGCAGCUAAACAAAGGUCCAUAAAAGUUAAAAGAAGUCAGAACAGUGAAGUAAAUGAAGAAAAGCCCGUCGCUGAUGAGCCAAAUAUUGCCCCGCCGGAGGAAUUUGCAGGUGCCGAUUCUAAAGGUGCAUUUUGGGCUGAAACUGUCCCACGUUACAGCGCCGAUUUAGGCGUUUCUUUACCGGAAUACAUGCUCUCAAGAUCUGAGCAUGAAGCUUCAUUUGAUGAGUUAGUAGUAGGAGCUUAAGAUGAGACCUCGGUAAUACUUUAAGAGAUAUGAUUAAUAAAACAGGAUCGUGUCUUUAAACCCAUUCCGAGACUACACCGCCUAGUUGUUCCUGCUUAUAAUUGUGAAACAAAAGAACUAAGUAACAUUUGUAAUGUAAAAGUGGAAGGGUAUUUUUACAGACUUAUUUUAAUUUUAUUAAAGCUAGGCGAUUUAUAAU